UGAUUAGAGUAGUAAAUUGUCGAUUUCUCAUCCACGUAUUUAUUGAAUUCAAUUACUGAGGUCCACGAAAAAAUCUCCUUUACUAUGCCUUUAUUUUUCGGUGGUUUGAGAAAUUAAUGGCGACAUCCGGUGAAAUGAUUGGUUAAGAAUACGUUAACGUUGGUGAUGGAUCUAAUAUAUUUGAAAGCUCUCUUAAAGACCAUGUGCUCAUAAUUUUGCUUAGUAGUCUUUCCUGUGUAUCAACCAGUAUGAGAAAUCUAGUGCACCUGCUUGUAUUUCUUCCAGUUCUGCUGGUAUUUGCAGCAAUAGAACCCAAUGAUAUGGUUAUCAUUAUUCUGAGUGAGAGAGAUGGAUACAGUGCAGAUCAGGCAGACUUACUAAAGCAGAAUAUCACGCACCAAGCUUACCAUCUCCAGAAAGAAGCCCCUAAUUUUUUAUUGACUCAUGAAGGCAUCGGGAAAAACGAAAUCAAAGGCGCCUGGACCAUUUAUCCUCUAAUUCCUAUUUUUUAUUCUAAAUAUCCAAAUACACGAUGGCAUCUAUUUUGUUCAGAGAAUACUAUGGUAAAUCUAGGGAGAUUGAUGAUAGUUUUAUCGAGAUUCAAUUCAUCUGAGGAAGUGUGGAUUGGCCACGGGCUUCACGACACUGAACCGACAAUAAUCCACCAUUACGCAGAUCCCUCAAUGGGAGUUUCAUACCCCAAUAUCGCUUCUGGUUUCGUUAUCUCUAGAGCUUUAAUCAAAACCCUGAAGAUGAGAGUGCACUCAGGAGCGAUUUCGGCCAAUGAUUUUGUUAUCGACGCUCCCUACGAAUUCUCAAAUUACGUCUUCAACAGGGGGAAAGGCUCUCAACUUAUCCAUUCAUCAGAGUUUUGUAUUGUUCCCACCGAAGACUGUGCGACAUAUCCAAAAAAAAAUCCAUCAUGCGGAAAUACUAUGUCGUUAGAAAAUAUUCUCUUUGCUGUCAAGACGUAUGAUGAAAAUCACAGCAAACGGGUGCCGAUUUUAAUGAAAACAUGGUUGGGACGUACAGUGCAUUAUGCUCUCUUCAGUAACGCAAAAGAUGAGAAGUUAAAGAACAUAGUCGUCGUAUCUCAUACCACUCAGGGGCAUUGUGCGAAGACAUACGGCCUUUUGCAACGUGCGGAGAAAAUAAUGACGAAGAAAAAAAUCAAGUGGCUAGUCGUGACGGAUGAUGACACUAUUCUCAGCGUAUCACGUUUAUCCAAAAUCUUGUCAUGUUACGACGCUGAGCAACCGAUAGCUAUAGGCGAACGUUAUGGAUUCCGGCCGACAGAAGAGAUUGGUUACGAAUAUUUGACUGGUGGAGCUGGCUUGGCCAUGUCUCUUCCACUGAUUAUAAAAAUUUUGAAAUCGACCGUUUGUCAUUGCCCCAUGAUGACUACACCAGAUGAUAUGUUCCUCUUUGGGAUCUGUUUGAGUCAACUCGGAGUCCGACUGUCACCAUCCCCAUUGUUCCAUCAGGCACGGCCUCAGGACUAUGCAGAGGGAUUGCUCGCCUCCCAAGAGCCCGUCUCCUUCCAUAAAUUUUGGAUGAACGAUCCCGUUGGAGUUUACAGAGAUUGGUUCAAGGAAACAGAUGAUAAAUUGGUGCCUGUGUAUCAUCAUUUGGAGUUAUGAAAAUUAUAGGACACAACUGUUUAUAUAUUGUUAAAACUUUUGAUGAAACAUGUACCUUAAGAAUAUCUUGAGUGGAUGAACUUUCGUCGUAGGUUAUAGCUCGAUAGCUUCUUAUUUUGUGCAAUAUUGAUCUUUUCCAAAUAAUUUUUAUGUAAAAAUAAUUUUGAAAAAGUUUCCUGACCCAAAAAAGAUUCAUCCGGCGUG